AUGGUUCAUGAAGCAUACUUCAAGCGCCCGGCCGAGUAUUACCGACGCACCCAGUGGACUUAUCCAGACACCCUUCGAAUCCGCGGAUCGGUAAUCCCUUCGGUCAUCACAGACGUUAUCAUCAUCACAUCCUUUGCUGCCACGCUCCUCGCCGUCGAAAAGUCAAAUGUCCUGGGCAGGUCACUCAACGUCGCCUCCGUCAUCGUGCCGGCACUGUCGGUGGUGGUCGGUUUGAUUCUAGCCUUUCGUACAAACACUGCUUACGAUCGCUUUUGGGAGGGUCGCAAGCUGUGGGCCAGUCUAGAUGUGCAGAUUCGCAACUUUUCGCGUAUGGUUUGGGUCGGUGUGAAGGAUACCCCUCACGUUCAUGAUGGGGGUUCAUCAUCCUCGUCGGGUGGAAGCAGCCCCAAGCGCAACCUCCUUCACAGUCACCUCCUCUUUGGCCGAAGCAACAGCUCGCUCAAGACGAAAGGUGGUGCAAACGGCAACGGAAGCGGCAGCGGAGUUGUUGAGAGUCGCGUCCAGAACGUGUCGAGUUCGACCUUAAUCGACAUUGACUCUCCCCCUACUCUUCAGCAGCAACAGGUUGAUUCCGAGGUUCACGCGGAUGACUAUGAGAAGCUUGUGUGCAUUCGUCUGUUGUUGGCGUUUGCAGUCUCGGUCAAGCACCAUCUCCGUCAAGAGUUUGGCGUCCGUUACUUUGACUUGGAAGGACUCCUGCCCAAAGAUUACGAACCCUGUGCUGCCUACGAGACUGCUGAGAUAAGAAUGGAGCAUGACAAAGCCCUUGGAGACCGCCAGCUUCACCGCCAUUACAACGAGGAUCUGUGGACCAUUGUGUCAGGAAACGAAGAUGGUCAAAUGUCGCUUCCCUUGGAGAUUGCGCAUGGUCUGUCGCUGUGGGUGAUUACCCAGUCGCGGGCCAGCCAGAUCGAGAGCGCGCUGGUCGGCAACCUGUUCACCUCGAUCAACUCUAUGACCGACAUCUUCACCAACAUGGAGCGCAUCGUCUUCACUCCUAUCCCUCUCGCCUACAGUAUCCACUUGCGUCAAGUGGUAUACCUGUACUGCCUCGCUCUACCAUUCACCUUCCUAAACGUUUUGGGUUGGCUUGCCGUCCCCCUGAUGUGCCUUGUAUCCUUCACGCUCUUUGGAAUGGAAGCCAUUGGUCGCGAGAUCGAGAACCCGUUCGGAAAAGACGAGAAUGAUCUGCACAUGGAUGAGUUCUGUCGUGACCUGAAGAGGGAGUUGGAUUAUACUAUCAACCUGAAGAACACUGUUCCUGGAUGCCACUUGUAG